AUGUCCCACCCAGAUUCGCACGGAUUCGGCCCGGGUAAGCAGUCCUGGGACUUUGUCGAGGUUCGACCAGGUGCGCACAUGUUUUACUGGCUGUACUACACGGCCGCAACCGACGAAGACUACUCCGUGCGGCCACUCAUCAUCUGGCUGCAGGGUGGUCCCGGAGGAUCCUCCACCGGAUACGGGAACUUUGCCGAGAUCGGUCCGCUGCACGUGGACCUACGUCCUCGGCAACACUCAUGGGUGAACCGUUUCAACGUUUUGUUCAUCGACAACCCAGUUGGAGCCGGCUUCAGUUACGUGGAAGAACCAGUGCUGUUUGCCAAGAACAACGCGGAGAUCGCUGGCGAUCUUGUGCACUUUAUGAUGGAGUUUUAUCAGAUCCAUCCGGAAUUUUCGAAAAGCCCGUUGCACGUGUUCUCGCAGAGUUAUGGCGGGAAAAUGGCUGCUGAGUUCGCACUGAAUUUGGACCGCGCCAUAAAGGCGGAUCAAAUUGACUGCGAUCUACGGUCAGUGGCGCUGGGAGCACCGUGGAUCUCUCCCGAGGAUUCGGUGCUGUCGUGGGGUGAUUUCUUGCUUAAUUUAGGUUUUGUGGACACCAAAGGGCACUUUGUGAUUCAGAGUACCGCCGAGGACAUCCAGGACCUGAUUCGGGGCAACAGACACCGGAGGGCGACCGAGGUAUGGCGCAGUUUGGAGAGCAUAAUUCUGAACGAAACGUUCGGUAUCGACUGCUACAACGUGCUGCUGCCACAGAAGUUUGGUGGAGUCGGAAAGCGAAGUGUUGGCGAUGACGACAGAGAAGUUCUUAUAUUCGGUGAAACCUCCCACUAUCACCUCAACCCACCCCAAACAAAAUUGGAACGUCUUAUGCGAGGAACCGUCAGCGAAACCCUGCAAAUCCCAGCCCACGUCCGUUGGGGAUCCCAACGGGAACAGGUCUUUGAAGCCAUUGCGGAGGACUUUAUGAAACCGGCAACUUCAACGGUAGAACUGCUGCUAAACAGCACCGAUCUGGACGUAAUUGUGUACACCGGCCAACUGGAUCUGGUCGUUUGCACCCCCGGAACGGUUCGUUGGGUCGAAAAUCUGCGCUGGCCCGGACGAGAGGACUACCUGGCCGCACCAAGGGUGGGAAUGGGAUCGCUAGGGAUUUUAGAGGGCUACGAAAAGCGGUUUGACCGUCUCUCGAUGUACUGGAUUAACAGGGCGGGACACAUGGCACCAAUUGAUAACCCGAAUGCUAUGCAGUACAUUCUAGACAAACACGUCGGAACAUAAAGGGACAAUUUCUCAAGCAAUAAAUCCUUAGCUGGUAGUUCGA